GUCGGUGGACCCAGGAAGCGUAGGGUCCGCCUACAGUCGGUCAGACCGCAGAGUAGCGGGGGAAGAGCGGUGGUUUCUGACGGGAGCGCAUCAUGGUGGGGGCGAACAUGUUGUUGCUGUGCUUAACCUGCGUUUGCCUGGUGCACAGUUCAGAGAUGUUGUCUCAUGUGGAGCGCUACGACGUCGUCCGACCUCAGAGACUUCACCACAGACAGAGGAGGAGUCUGCAGGAUGACCAGCUUUAUCCUGACACGGUUUGGUACGAGUUACCCAUCGAAGGCAUAAACCACACUAUUUAUCUAGAAAAGAACAGGGAUCUUAUUGCGACAGGCUACACUGAAACACAUUACUCGGAAGAUGGAAAACGGGUGACAGUGUCUCCAAGUCAGGAGCACUGCUACUAUCACGGUCACAUCGAAGCCAUGCCAGACUCCGCGGUCAGCGUGGGGAUUUGUUCGGGCAUAAACGGCUUUGUAAGAGCUCGGCAGCAGGUUUACCUGAUAGAGCCUCUGGGACACACUGACGAUGGAGACCAUGCAGUUUACAGACAGGAGCACGCGAAGAGCAGUGGCAGGCCCAGCUGUGGCUCCACGUCCGACACCAGUGUGGUGUAUGACCGGGACCGGGACCAAGACCAAAACCACCCUCAGCCUGCAGGCCUCUUCAGGUCCAGAUUAUGGAAACCCAAAUCCAUCGAUGGUCCGGUGAGGUUUGUCGAGCUGUUUAUUGUUGUGGACAACACUGAGUAUAAACGAUACGGAAGUGAGACGAGAUCUCGUAUUCUCGGAGCUGUAAAUCACAUUGACAAGCUGUAUCGGCCUCUGAAAAUUCGCAUCAUGCUGGUGGGUUUGGAGAUUUGGACGACCGGAGACCACAUAAAAGUUAACAUCAACUCAGGAAAGACUCUGGACAAUUUCCUCUUGUGGCGUCAGACCGAUCUACUGAAGAGGACGAACCACGACAACGCCCAGUUUGUGACUGGCAUAGAUUUUUAUGGAGACACAGUCGGGCUGGCGAAUAAAUAUGCCAUGUGUACCGAAAACUCUGGAGGAGUGAAUCAGGAUCACCAUGAAAAUAUGAUUGGCCUCGCCUCCACCAUUGCUCAUGAGAUGGGACAUAACUUUGGCCUGUCCCAUGAUGCCCCAGGUUGUGUCUGUGGUUCCUCUUACAGCAGUGGGGACUGUGUCAUGACAGAAAAGCUUAGGACAGGAAGUCAAGGGUUUCCGGAGUUCUUCAGCGACUGCAGUUUGGACCAGCUCGCCGAGUUCAUGGCGCGAGCUCAGCCCAAUUGUUUGCACAAACCCAGCUCUGUCAAGUACAUGGUCAUCGGGCCUCGCUGUGGCAACGCCCUGCUGGACCCUGGAGAGGAGUGUGACUGCGGCACCGCGGAGGAAUGUAACAACCCCUGCUGCGAUCCGUCCAAUUGUCGCCUGACUGAAGGAUCCCAGUGCGCUCAUGGACAGUGCUGCGAGAGGUGUCAGCUCAAAGCAUCUGGAAGCGUGUGCAGGAAGUCAGCCGGUGAGUGUGACCUGCCUGAAUACUGCAGCGGAGAGUCGCAGGACUGUCCCGAAGACAGCUUCGAGAUGAACGGCAAACCCUGCUCCAACCCGGCCCCGGGCUACUGCUACGACGGACAGUGCCCGACGCACGAGCAGCACUGCUGGAGGCUGUUUGGAACAGGAGCUAGAAAUGCGCCAGAUGUGUGCUACAACUUGAACAGUCGAGGCGAGAAAGAAGCCAACUGUGGGAGGAGCAAAUCUGGCUUCACUCGCUGUGCUGCAGAGAAUCUGAAGUGCGGGUCUAUGUUUUGUGAGGGAGGAGGCGAGUCUAUCACGGGCAGACGUGCGGCCUACACCACCUUAGGCGUACAAUGUAACCUGGCCGUGGAUGACGAUAAGACCAGAAACAUCAACAUGGUGCCAAAAGGAGCCAAAUGUGGACCAAAUAAGGUUUGCAUUGACAACAGUUGUGUGGAUGUAUCGGUUUAUGGGAAGAAGGAGGACUGUUCAAAGAAAUGCAACAACAACGGGGUGUGUAAUCACAAGAAAGAGUGCCACUGUAAUCCUGGCUGGUCUCCUCCAUUCUGUGACGUCCAGUAUGCAGAUUUACCUCAAGGUCAGAGUGGAAUAAUAGCCGCUGUGUGUGGCGCUAUCGCCAUCGUUCUGGUGAUCGCUGUGGUGAUUGUUGGCUUUAUGUGCUGUAAACAGGACAACAUGGACAGCUUCACAUGCAAAAGGAAAGUGCAUUCAGCUCCGAGCAAGUUGAACCCACUGUACAAGGACGCUAAAGACAAACCUCAGAUCAGCCAGCCCACUUUUAUGGAGUCAACGGCACCACAAGCCUUCAGCCCUCUGAUUGUCACAGUGACUCCCAGCAGACCCGCUCCACAGCCACCAAAGAAACCGUCUUCAGUGUCAACUACCUCAGAAACUGAGCUGACCAAACCUCUACCUCCGUCCAAACCAUUGCCACCUUUGAAUAAACCACAGUUUAAACCAGCCAAACCAAGCCCUCCUCCUGUACCUCCGGUCAAGCCCAGCCCUCCUUCAGCAGCCAGAAUCAAGCCCAGCACUCCUCUUCUUCCCCCAGUCAAGCCUCAAUUCCGCAGACCCACAUGAACUUCUCAUUAAGGACGUCAUACAUGUAGAGACUGGGUAAUCAUUGGUGGUAUCAGUGCGUCGCAGCCACCACUGAGAGUUUGGAAAACUUUACUCUUCCAAGCCGGUAAAGAUGCGGUGCUGAUGGAGAGUCUUUGAAGACACGGGACCAACAGCUGCACAGCUGCUGUGGAAAAGUGAUGUUUUUUUCAUGUUGUUUUUUCUGUGGGAACAUUUGCAAUUAACUGCUGUUGGAGCCGUAAUUGUUUGUCCUUUCUGUGAACUUCAUACGUGACGAGCAUUGCGUUGCACUUUUAGAAAAAGGAGGAGAAAGAAGCUGUUUUUUUUUUUUUUUUUUUUAAUAUUUAAUUCCUGUUUGUGAAGGGGACUGUAUGAAAAGUAUUACGUGGGUGGGCAGAGUCAGGUCAGGUGAUGAGAAAGUGCUACUCCAACACAUGGUUUCAAAAUUAGCUUUUCAAGACCAAAGAUGGGAACUCAAUUGAACCCUUUAUACAUGCUGGUUGGCUGUUAGCUCUAGUUUGUGCAAUACCGUGAGAGCAGCAGACACUAGCAACGUCAAAGUCAACCUUUGCCUCCAUUAGUUCCUUGAGGCAGACGUUUUCAGCUUAUAUCUAAAAAGCAAAAAACCCUUGUACAACACCUGCCUUGCACCACAUAGUAAAAAAAGACAAAGUUAGAGGCAGAGGUUCGGUGGUUAAGUGGUAGGGACCAAAACCAGAGCUAAAAAUAGUUUGUGAAAAUGUACCACUUCAACACUUUUAUAUUGUUUUGAAAUGUGUUUUUGUAAGACAAAGAAGCGAAGUCCAUACUUUGCUUUGUAAUUUUCUUACAGUCCCUAAACUGCCUCCUGGAUUCUUCUGCAUUUCUUUGCACUGUACUUGAAAUUGUAAUAGUAAAUAAGUAUUGUAUUUAUAUAGUGCCUUUCUAACUAUUGGAGCAAGUCAGGGCCUAUGCACAUGGAUAGAAGCCACAGCCGUCCCCCGAUGGUACGUAGAGCAUGGUAGGGGGCUUUGUGCAGUUCGUUUGACUUGUGUGAUGAAAUCUCGCGAAGGCCUUUUUGUUGCAACCAAUAAAGUGAACUUUAUUUCA